AUUUUGUAGGAGUUGGCAUCACUGGGCACCGACGCUAUCACUGACAAUUCGAACGCUGAUUGUCAAAGUCUUUUACAUUAGUGUUUCGUGUUUGUGAAGACGUUUAGAGGACGUCAUGCCGUUCGCGCGUUAUGUGGAACCAGGGCGAGUUGCCCUGGUAGCAAAUGGAUCCUUAAAAGGAAAACUUGUCAGCAUUGUUGAUGUCAUAGAUCAGACUCGUGUGUUGGUUGAUGGCCCCGGCAGCGGUGUCGCCCGUCAGAAGAUUCGGCUUAAUCAAUUACAUCUUACAAAAUUCCGUCUCAGUUACCCCUUCACAGCCCCCACACGUGUCGUAAGAAAAGCAUGGACAGACGCUAAACUUAACGAAAAAUGGGAUGCAAGCCAAUGGGCCCAAAAGCUUGCAAACAAACAAAAGCGAGCGCAAAUGACUGACUACGACAGGUUUAAACUUACUUCAGCGAGAGUUAAGCGUAACCGUGCAAGAACAGCGGUCUUCAAAAGCCUUAAAACUAAAGCAGCACGAAGUGGUGCUUUUGGAAAGAGGAAUGUCCCCAAAUCAGCUGAAAGAAAGCCCCGUACGAAGAAGGCACCUGCUAAACCAGCAAAGAAGUAAUUCUAGUUUUGUGAGCUAAAUAACAUGUGUUAAGUGCAGGACAUAUACAAAAUAAAGAGUUACAUUAAGCUGA